UAUAUCAAAGGAAGUUGAAAUACAACUUGUUGAAUAUGUCAACUUUGUCAAACGAUAUAGAAGAUGAACAUGAUGUAGUAGGUGAGUAUAAAAACAGAGACUCAGAUGAAGAUCAGUUUAAUACCAGCAAGAAUGAAGAUAUUGGCUCAGAUAAUGAAGAAAAUACUGCCAGAAGAAUUGAUCCAACAUCUACAAAACGUAGUGUUGUAAGAAAUCCUAUACCUAAAUUAAACACAGAACGUCUAAAAGGUCCUAAAGGACUACAUACUAUUGAAAAAUAUUUUGAAGGCUUUAAAUUUUAUGGAAAGGGAUAUGAGAAAGUAGAUUUAGAUAGAAUCAUAAAAAGGAUGGAACACUGGGGACAUAGACUAUUCCCUAAGUUGAAUUUUGAUGAUUUUCUUGAGAAAUUAGAGAAAUUGGGUACUAAAAAAGAUCUUCAGGUGUUCAUUAAAAAAUAUAGACUAGAUAUGAUUAGUGCAGAUGAUACGAUUAGUCCGGAUAAUAUAGACAUAGAGGAAGACAAAGAUCAAGAUGAACCUAUUGAUGAAUUUGAUUUAUUAAUUGCUGAACAAAUAGAGAAACAAAAACAAGCUAUGUCUAAUGCAUCUAUUAAUAAUGAGAAUACAUUCAAUGAAUUAUUAUUACAGUCUAAUGUCACCAUAACUUCAAAGCCUACAAAUACAACUUCUGCUUCACCACAACUAAAUAAGACAACUUCUGUUUCACCACAACUAAGCGAUGAAGUUAAAGAACGUAUAGAAAGAAAUAGACAGCUAGCUGUUCAAAGAAGGCUUGCAAGACUUAAAGAAAUUGAGGAAGCUAAGAGAAAGAAAUUGGAAGAUACUGAAAACACACAACCAAAAAAUAAUUUAUCUAACACAGAAAUACCCAAUGCUACUAAAAAUUUAGAGAACAAAGAAUGUAAGAGUAAUUCACAAGUAAAAAGUGAAGAUCAUGAAUCUUAAAAAAAACAUUAUUAUUAUCUGAUUUAUAGUAUGGUUAUAAAAAUUUUAUAAGUAUUAAUAUAGAGUUUAGAAGACAACAUGUUUAAUAAAUGAUUUACUAUGUAAAGAGCUUAACCAUUUUGUUUCCACUUGAAAAAGCAUGGUUCAUAAAAAAGAAAUGUCCUUAGAAUGAUUUUUAUUUUAAAAGUAAGUAAAACUUCAUACAAAUUAUGUAUUUAUUUUAAGUUCUACGUUUUUGUGUACUAAUAUAUAAUACAUUAUUGCCGCGUAUAAAAGCAUCACCAUAUUUAUCUUUUAAUUGACCAUUUACAUAUUCUUCUGUUUGUUCAAGUGCUAUAUUCAUGUAGCCAUCAAGACAAGCUAAAACACCUGUAAAAUAAUGAUUGAUUAAUUAAUAAAAUGUUUGUUUAUUUCAUUAAAA